AUGAACCGGUCUACUUUCAAUAUCCAGCCCCUGCACCGCUUCGGCCGCGCAAAUACCUCUAUCCGGAGACCAAAGGAAAUUGCCUGUUUCUCUUAUGAUGACCAGCGUCGUUUUUCGCUGGGCGAUUCGUCCAUGACCUACUACUACACGCCGGCUCUCCCCGCAGACCUGAACAAGGGCUAUGAGACAUUCCAGAAGCUUGAUGAUGUGCCCGAUGAGCACUUGGAUGCCUUACUUGAUACCCUUGUUGCUCAUGAGAAAGAAAUAGAGAAGAAGUGUGAUGUAGACAUCGUCACAUGGAGAGGAAUGAUGACCAAGAUUCUAACAGCUCCCUUUGAUAAUAUGAAUGGAUUCAUCGAAGAAAACAACGAGUAUAAGAACCAACAGAAAGAAAUCCAACGCAAGCGAGGAUCACCACCUGGAAUGGCACCACAGGAACUCAUGAUGUAUUGGGGCUACAAAUUCGAAAAGCUGGCUGUACUUCCAAAGACGUGGGAUGAAUCAACUCGCGAAGAGAUCGAAGGCCGCGAAAACGAAGUCGUCAACAACGCAGCACAGUAUUGUUCCGUUGUUCGCACUGGGAUCGGCAACGUGCGUAUGAUUCUCGGUGGAGAGGUUGAUGCCAUCUGGGACAGCAAGCCAUCGCGAAAAGAAAGCCCCAUUAACUGGGUUGAGCUCAAAACAUCAGCUCAGAUCCGCAAUGAACGCGACAUGAUAAAGUAUGAGCGGAAAUUGCUCAAGUUCUGGGCACAAUCAUUCCUGCUCGGUGUGCCUAAGAUCAUCGUAGGAUUCCGUGAUGAAAAUGGCAUUUGCCGUAGCUUAGAGGAGCUGGACACAGCCAGUAUUCCCGGAAAAGUGUUGAGUGUCGGCCGGCGGUCUUGGGAUGGAAACGUCUGCAUCAAUUUUACUGGUGCUUUCUUAGAAUGGCUUAAGCAGACCAUCAAUCAGGAGGGGACGUGGAGAAUUCGGAAGAAGGAGAAGUCUCCGGUUAUUGAGGUCUAUCAAGUUGAGGAGCAAGGACAUGGCGAUAUUCUCUCGCCUGCUUUCAAGGCCUGGCGAUCAACGACGACCUCUGCAAGUUUGUGA